CUUUGGCCGGCAAUUUUUAAAUUUAAAUUUUAAUUAACGCGGGGGUAGGUGGUGCAUGACCCCAACCAUCAACCCUUGCCGCGUGCAGGUCAAUUAGGCUCCCCCCCUGGAUAAUUGGGUGCCGGGAGGGGGUAUAGAAUAAGCAGGCGGGCCCCUUCACAACGUUUUGAAAUCACGUCGUUUGUAAGCGGGGCCCCAAUCUCCCUCUCUAGACAGGGUUGGGCCAGGGAGACCCAAAUCAACUAGAUAUGCCACCCAAGAAAGGACAAAGGGGGGCCAAAAGGGAAAGGAAAGGUCCCCAAAGUGGGGGGGAGAUGCCCACCCCCAGCGGCGGUGGGGGCAAGGAGCGGGGAGGGGCCACCAUGGGCGGCCAUAAGUAGAGAGUGGCAGAGGCGCCAUCCAGGGCAACAGAGUGGGUAUAACAGGAGCCCUGCUGGAUCAGGCCAGAGGCCUACCUAGUCCAGGGCUCUGUUCUCAAAAUGGCCAACCAAAUGCCCUGUAUGGGAAGCUCGCAAGCAGGUCGUGAGCCAUGGGCGUCCCCAACGGAAUAAUGCUCCCAGCUUUCAUUUAAAAAUAAAAAUAGUACGUUUCUAGCAUUUGUAGAACCUGAGACAAAACGUACAAGGGAAAACAAGUGAACAGGCAGAGGCUGAUCUCUGGCAGCAGCAUAGGGCCUAGUCCUCAGCAUGUGCUGUCUGGGGUUAUACUCUUUUCCCCUGCCUCCUUUCUCUCUAGAUGCCCCUUUGUUCCAAGUUCUCUUUGCCAUGCCAAUUAGAGGGGGGGGCAGAGGCAAGAUCAGUUGCCACCUCCUCCUCCUCAUUUGCAUUGUCUUCCGUGGCAGUUCAGUGCUCCUCAUCCUUGCUGUUACACAGCCAGGCCUAGAGCAAGAGGGCAGGCGUGGCACUGGAGGCAGUGGCUACUGCUCCUUGCAACACUACUCACUUUCUGAGGCGCGAGAGCAGCAAUUGCCCUGUGCCACCGGACUUCUGAGAAGGAGGUGUUGCUGUGCAUGGCACAAAGUGGGGGGGAGGCAUAGCAGACAACCACCCACCCACGCAAUAGGGCUUGUAACUCCAAGGAGCUGCUGCUCCCAAGUAGUGUCUGUGAGUUUACCUGAGGCAGUGAGAUCUUAGCAGCUGCCUUACAGUGCCAAUCCCUGGGAAAAAAGGGUUGAUGCUAGCACCAUAGAAUCAUAGAGUGGGAAGGGGCCUUAUAGGCCAUCGAGUCCAACCCCCUGCUCACAGCAGGAAAUACACAGCUAGAGCAUCUCCCACAGAUAGCUGUCCAGCCUCUGCUUGAAGACAUCCAGCGAAGGGGAUCCUGCCACCUCCCUAGGCAGUCGGUUCCAUUGCCGAACUGCCUUUACUGUCAUGAAGUUCCUUCUACUGUCCAAUCUGAAGCUACGCUCCUGCAACUUAAAACCAUUAGACCUAGCCCUACCCUCUGGGGCAGCAGAGAACAAAUCUGUACCCUCCUUUAUGUGACAACCCUUCAGGUACUUAAAGAGUGCAAUCAUGUCACCCCUCAGCCUUCUCUUCAUCCUCGUUGCCCUCUUCUGAACGCGUUCUAACUUGUCUAUAUCUUUCUUAAAAUGAGGCGCCCAGAACUGAACACAGUGUCCCAGAUGAGGCCUGACUAAUGCAGAAUAUAGUGGGACUAUUGCUUCCCUCGACCUGGAAGCUAUAGCUCUGUUUGUGCAGCCCAAAACCGCGUUUGCCCUUUUUGCUGCAGCAUCACACUGCUGGGUCAUGUUCAACGGAUAUGUGCAACAGGGAGAUAGGAGGCAAGAGGCCUUCAAAAGGGUAAGAAGGAGCCACCGGCUGCUUAGGGACAGGUGUCCCUUCCCCAGUUAGACUCCGGGUACUAUGAACUAGGUUAGCAGGCUACCCGGUUUAAGGGGAGGUUUGUUAUGUUAUGGUUUGCCUUUUGUUUCCCAGUCUCAUACCCCAACUCCUGGCUGGCCUUCAUGGCCUCCAACUCACGGCUGGCCCUCAUGGCCUACAAUCUUCACCCCGUUUAGUCAUGGCAAUAACAGCUGUGGUCAGAAUGUACAGAAGUACACUUGGUCACGCCAGUCUUAUUCAAAGGGGCAGGCAGUGAGGGGUCCACACUAGUUAGUCUAGGAUCAGUGAGCUGCACGCAUGGAGUGCUUCAGAGCCUUCCGUGAGGGGGCAGUCAGGAGACAAGUGGGCUCCUAAGCAGUGGGGCACUAUCUGUCUGAGUGGAUGUUCAUAGGUAUGGCAGCUUGUGGGAGGCAUGUUAGCACCUGAGGUUUCAGCUUAUAGUAUGAAGGAUCCUGCCCCGGUGUUCACAUUUCUGUAACAAGAUUGACUCUUGCCCAGGGCUGAAAGCUGCACAGGGGCAAGCUUGAACCGUCCCAGAUGAGAUCCUGGAUUGGGACCAUGAAGUGUUUCCUUUCGGCCCUCUUGAUGUUAGGGGUCUUUUAAUGGGGUUAUUAUGCUAUGAUGGGGCUUGAACACCCAUACUACGAAUUCAGGGUUAUGGCUGCCUUAUGCACCGACCUGGCCGUGUGGUUCCCUUUCCUGCGGUUGCAAGCCUGGAUUCAGGAAGGGGUUUUAACUAUGAAUGUUACCUUUCAUUAACUCUUUUCCGUGGUUGGAAGGCGACUUUUGGACAGAAGAGCUCAUGGCCUGGGGUCGGGUCUCAUAACUCUCUUAUAAUUAGGAACACUAGAAUUCAUGGCCCUUGCCUGUCCCGUUGUUCUGGGAGAAGUUUAUGCAGGGAGUCAGAGAAGGCCAUAAGCCUAUCUAUUGCCCUAGCAUGAUCACCAGCUAUCAGAAUGCAGAAUAGGGCAGCAGGGGCAGUGUGAAGGGGGGCUAAUCCUGUGAGCUGCGCGCUGGAAUUCCCUUGGAUUCAAUGGGUUACAUUGCCCCCAGCAUGCUCGCCAGCUUCCAGAAACAGGUAUUCAGGAAUUCUGGGCCGGCAAGGGCUAUAUGCCAGAGUGGCCUUUCCGGUGACUCACCUGCUGAUAUUCCUGAUAGACGGCACGGCAUGAGAAGGGGCAUGGCAGUGGGAACACUUAGAGGUAAGCUUUCUUAGCCAGGCUGGCGGUUUUUUCCCUAUCCCCAUCGACCCUUCUUGCUGGACAUUUUAUGGGUGUAGUGGACCAGUGGGAAACGGUCUGUUCCUUCAGUGAAGACCCAAGCUAUUCCAGGCAGUGGCUCAUACACUGUUUUGAGGCUUCCAGGAGAAAAGAGGUGGCGGCUGGCUCUACGUGAGACCUCUCUCGACAUGCCCUCCAGUUUUGAUGUUUCCAGGGAGGGGGGGUUGUGCUUGCUCAACGUGGAAGGUCUAGAACGGACCAGAGGUGUACCUCUGCCGAAGGAUAUUUAUUCACCCAGGCUAAUAUGGACCCCCUAGCUAUAGGCCAUGCCCUCCAGUUUUGAUGUUUCCAGGGAGGGGGGGUUAUGCUUGCUCAACGUGGAAGGUCUAGAACAGACCAGAGGUGUACCUCUGCCGAAGGAUAUUUAUUCACCCAGGCUAAUCUGGACCCCCUAGCUAUAGGCCAUAUAUGCCUGUCUGGGUCAACAAUACCAGUUUUGGCGUUAACAAAACAAGCAUUGCAGGGGCUGGGGUAUGACUCCUUCCAGUCUGGAACCUAUGCAAUUAAAAUGGGAGCCGCUUCUAUGGCAGCAUGUUUUUGGUUUCCUCCCGGCACUGGUACAGGAUGUGGGACUUUGGGCCUCUGAUGCAUAUAAUGGCUAUAUUCCCCCCCUUUUAGAGGGCAGGGGGAUGCGGCAUCCUCACGAACGAGCAUUGUAAGGGCUGGGGUACGACACCUUACAGUUGGAACCUAUUCAUCUCGAAUUGGGGCUGCUUUUACGGCAGCAGAUUUUAGUUUCCCACAGGCACUGGUACAGGGCGUGGGACUUUGGUCCUCUGAUGCGUACAAGGGCUAUAUUCCCCACUUUUAGAGGGCAAGGGAAUGUAGCGGCCUCACAAUCUUCAUUGUUUUGACAGGUUGCUGGACAGGGAUGGAGCAGAUGCACAUCAUAAUAUGCGGCCACAGCAUGGUCUUCUGGGCACCCUGGAGGGCAGCGAAUUCGAGCAUGGGCUCGCAGUUGGGCCUCAGUAGAGGGGCUGUUGUGCAGUGGCUGGACCGGCAAGGAAUGCAUGGAGAGUGGCUCCUACCCGCUCUGUUCCAGCAAGCCCAUGAUAUUUCAACUUGGAGUCAGCAAAGAACAGGCUUUGUGAUGCACAAAAGAACACCAGGGUGAAGUGAAGAAAUAGUCUCCCAGCUGAACUACUAUGAGGUCAGAAGCCUUGCUGCUAUAUUUCACACUGCUACACUUUGCUGAGGCUGAUUUCCCAGAAGAUCCUGAGCCAAUCAGUAUUUCGCAUGGCAACUAUACAAAACAGUAUCCGGUGUUUGUGGGUCACAAGCCAGGACACAACGCCCCACAGAGGCACAGACUGGACAUCCAGUUGCUCAUGAUCAUGGACAGAACCCUCUACAUUGCUGCUAGGGACCAUAUUUACACCGUUGAUAUGGAUGCAUCACACACAGAAGAAAUUUAUUUUAGCAAAAAACUGACAUGGAAAUCCAGACAGCUCGAUGUAGACACAUGCAGAAUGAAGGGAAAACAUAAGGAUGAAUGUCAUAACUUCAUUAAGGUUCUUCUAAAAAGAAAUGAUGAUACAUUAUUUAUUUGUGGGACAAAUGCCUUCAGUCCCUCCUGCAGGAAUUAUAAGAUGGAUACUCUGGAGUUUCUAGGAGAUGAGUUCAGUGGAAUGGCCAGAUGUCCUUACGAUGCAAAGCAUGCCAAUGUUGCAUUGUUCGCAGAGGGAAAGCUGUAUUCUGCCACUGUGACAGACUUCCUUGCAAUAGAUGCAGUAAUUUACCGGAGCCUUGGAGAUAGCCCAACUCUGCGGACAGUCAAGCAUGAUUCAAAAUGGUUGAAAGAGCCUUACUUUGUCCAUGCCGUGGAUUAUGGCAACUAUAUCUACUUCUUCUUUCGAGAAAUAGCAGUGGAGUACCACAGCAUGGGGAAGGUAGUUUUCCCCAGAGUAGCUCGGGUUUGCAAGAAUGACAUGGGUGGAUCUCAACGAGUGCUAGAAAAACAAUGGACUUCCUUCCUGAAGGCGCGAUUGAAUUGUUCAGUUCCUGGCGAUUCACACUUCUACUUUAACAUACUUCAGGCAGUUACAGAUGUUAUCCAUAUCAAUGGUCGGGAUAUUGUCUUAGCAACCUUCUCCACCCCUUAUAACAGCAUCCCUGGCUCUGCAGUCUGCGCUUAUGAUAUUGUUGACAUUGCCAAUGUAUUUACUGGGAGAUUCAAAGAACAGAAGUCUCCAGAUUCAAUCUGGACACCAGUUCCUGACGAACGAGUGCCCAAGCCCAGGCCAGGUUCUUGUGCUGGCUCCACAUCGCUUGAAAAGUACACUUCUUCCAAUGAAUUUCCAGAUGACACUCUAAACUUUAUCAAAACACAUUCUCUCAUGGAUGAAGCCAUUCCAUCAAUUGUCAACAAGCCAUGGUUUCUACGUACAAUGGUCAGAUACCGCUUGACCAAAAUUGCUGUAGAUAAUACUGCUGGUCCAAAUCAGAAUCACACUGUGGUUUUCCUUGGAUCAGAGAAGGGAAUCAUUUUGAAGUUCUUGGUCAGGACAGGAAACAGUGGUUUUCUAAUUGACAGUCUUUUCCUGGAGGAGAUGAGCAUUUACAAUCCUGAAAAGUGCAGCUAUGAUGGGGUGGAAGACAAGAGAAUUAUGGGCAUGCAACUUGAUAAGCAAAGUAGUGCCCUCUAUGUGGCAUUUUCAAACUGUUUAAUCAGAGUUCCCCUAGGAAGGUGUGAGCGUCAUGGCAAGUGCAAAAAGGCCUGCAUAGCAUCUAGGGACCCAUACUGCGGAUGGAUGAAAGAAAGCGGAGUAUGCAUGCAGCUCUUACCUGGAACAACACUGGCAUUUGAGCAGGACAUAGAGCAUGGCAAUACUGAUGGCCUGGGUGACUGCCAAAAUUCGUUCGUAGCACUGAAUGGACACUCCAGUUCCCUAGUUCCCAGCACCACCACUUCAGACUCUCCAGCCCAACAGGGCUACGAUGCUAGGGGGCGCAUGCUCGAUUGGAAGGAUCCAGUGGGCUCAUCUGAGAACACAAAUCCAUAUGUGGCCGUCUCAUCCCAUAACCACCAAGACAAGAAGGGAGUGAUUCGCGAGAGUUAUCUCAAAGGGCAUGAUCAGCUGGUGCCUGUCACCCUCCUGGCCAUUGCAGUCAUUCUUGCCUUUGUCAUGGGGGCUGUCUUCUCGGGGAUCAUAGUAUACUGCAUCUGUGACCAUCGGCGCAGAGAUGUGACGAUCGUGCAGAGGAAGGAGAAGGAACUGGCCCAGUCCCGCCGGGGCUCAAUGAACAGUGUCACCAAGCUCAGCGGCCUCUUUGGGGACACUCAGUCCAAAGAGCCAAAGCCUGAAGCUAUCCUAACUCCCCUGAUGCACAACGGCAAACUCGCUACACCGGGCAGCACUGCCAAGAUCCUCAUCAAAGCCGACCAACAUCAUCUGGACUUGGCUGCUCUUCCAACUCCAGAGUCCACUCCAACGCUUCAGCAGAAAAGGAAGCCUAGCCGUGGCAGCAGGGACUGGGAGAGAAAUCAGAACCUCAUCAAUGCCUGCACAAAAGAGAUUCCUCCUAUGGCAUCACCUGUAAUCCCCACAGACCUGCCUCUCAGGGCUUCUCCCAGCCACAUCCCCAGUGUUGUAGUCCUGCCUAUUUCUCAGCAAGGCUAUCAACAUGAAUAUGUUGACCAGCCAAAACUGAGUGACAUGGCACAGAUGGCUAUGGAGGACCAAAAUGCCACCCUUGAGUACAAAACCAUAAAGGAGCAUCUCAGCGGCAAAAGCCCCAAUCAUGGGGUGAACCUGGUGGAAAACCUGGAUAGCAUGCCACCAAAAGUACCCCAAAGGGAAGCCUCCCUAGGGCCCCCUGGCUCCUCUCUCACUCAGAGCGGUCUGGGCAAGCGACUGGAAAUGCAUUCUUCUGCUUAUAACGUGGACUACAAGAGAAACUAUGCUACGAACUCACUUACGAGAAAUCAGACAUCAACUCUCAAAAGAAAUAAUACAAAUUCUUCUAAUUCUUCCCACCUCUCGAGAAAUCAGAGCUUUGGCAGGGGAGACAAUCCCCCUCCUGCCCCACAAAGAGUGGACUCUAUACAGGUCCAUGCUGCUCAGGGUCAGACCGUGACUGUAUCUAGGCAGCCCAGUCUCACCACGUACAACUCUCUGACAAGAUCAGGGUUGAAACGCACACCAUCAUUAAAACCAGAUGUACCCCCCAAGCCCUCUUUUCCCCCUCUUUCAACAUCCAUGAAGCCUAAUGAUGCAUGUACAUAAUCACCGUGGGGUGGGGGGGAACAGCAGGUGACCAGAUUAUGCCCUUAAAAGCCAGUGUUCGGCAACCGCAGUGCUCAUUUCAACCAACCAGGAAGCUGCCUAAGCCUGAGGAUGCAUUGCUGUCUGGGAAAAGUGGAAUAUUUUUUUAAAAACCAAUCGGGUCAUGCAAUACAUGGUUUGCAACUGCAGGACCCACCCCCACAAUGCAACAUCUCUUUACAUAAAAGACUAACCACAAACAUUGAGCCAAAAGCACACACACAUGUGAAUGAUGACUGUGAUACUUCACUUUCAACUGCACAGUGCAUCCCAGAACUGGGAACUGAGUGCUUUGAAGACAAAAGGAAUGGGGAAAAGGACAACCCAAAAGGGGGGGGGGGAGGAAGGAAGCAAUUCAUUGAUUAAGCUAACUAACUGAACUGUGGCAGAUAUUUACUUUGUGCAGGUACUGUGAAAUGCCCAUCAGUGUUACAACCAUUUGGUUAUAGCAGAUUGCCAUGUUGGGCAACAACUCUGUCAUAGGUUUCUGCUACUCUUCUCUUUUAGUGAAUAACAUGUGACUGUUAACGCAAGUAACUCCUAUUAUUUAUUGUUCAUCCUUUUGUCUUUUUUAUUAUUCCUAAGGAAAUUACUUCUGCAUAUCGUCAUAUGAACAGCUGUCUCCAGAAGGAAAAGCAAAAAUACAUUGAAAAUGAUGCCUAUUUAACGUGAAACCCAUUAACUGGAGUAAUUAAAACUCUUUAUUUUUCCAAUAAAUUCACUGAGUUAAAUAAGUUGAAGGUGGAAUUCUGAACUUUGUGUUUGGGCUCUCUGAUCUCUUUCUGGAAAACAAAAAAACAGGGAGUAUUUAUUUAAAAACAAAGAAAGAAAAAUCACCCCAUCCCCUGAAGGUUCUCAUCUUCCUACAAUAACUUCCUGCAGCUCUGAGAGCUGCACACCUCUGCCCCAUUGCUGUGAACAUGGUUUUGUCAGUAGCUCAUCAUUUCUGUGAAGGCACCAGCUUGUUCUCUGCCAUCUCAUUUCACCCUUGCAUGUGAGAUAGCAAACAAAAAUCCACAAAUAUCAUGAACUCAUCCAUACGCUGGCUUCUGCAAUGCAUAUAGCUUAUGGUCUUACUGCACCAGGGAAGGAGGGGUGUUGUUUGUGUAUGGAAAUCUGUGAAUACCCUAUUUUCUUCCACAUGUAAAUUUGUGCCUUACACCCUCAGUUAUGUAUAUUUGUGAGCUAUAGUAUGUGCAACCUUGCCCAUCUCCUUAGAAUAAAUCAGAUAUUUAUUUAUCUCCAUCCUCAGUUACUUCCUUGGAGAAUUGGAGGAUGUGCACAGUUCAAAGAAGAAUGAUGUAGUUACUGUAAUAGCAACACUGUUCUUAUGGCUCAUAAGAAGACGGCAGUAACAAUACACAUUGCUUCAGUUUGACUUUCUCAUUUUGGUUCUCAAACUACCCUUGGGCUAUGCUGGCAGUAUCAACGCUGCAUUGCGGGCAGCGUUUCCUUCUACCUGAAUAUUUUCAUAUCAUUUCUGCAUAGUGAUAUAGUCUUAUUCAUAACCAGCAACAAUGUCAUUAAAAGAACUGUCAUCAAGUCUGGUAUGUCCACUGGAGACAAGCACUAUGUGCAAUUGGCUGUCUGGCAAAAAUAACAGCAACAAAGCCAAGGCACACAAGCGUCGUGCAUGCUCAGCACAUGAAAUGAAGAGGAAAUGAAUAUAAAGCAGGCUGGUUCCUGCCAGUUCCCAAUAACUGCUACAGUAACACAAACCCAGAAGGAUGCUGCAUAACCCUUUUUUAAAAGAAGGGGGGAAAUCCAAUUUCAAUUUAAUUUUUUCUCAUUUGUGGGGUGGGAAAUGUGUGGGUGCAUGGAGUGUGUGUGUGUAUGUAUGUUUUGACAAUUUCUUAGUUGUUCAUGCACAAGCAUUGAUUCUGUUUUUAAUAAGUGCCCUGGGCUCCUGCUGGGAGGAAGGGUGGGAUAUAAAUAAAACAAUAAAUAAAUAAAAUAACUGUCAACAUGCUGUAGCAAAAAUUGGGGUGGGGUGGGUAUGUUUUAUAUUGUCUGGAUAGAAUGUUUGGGAGGGAGGGUAUUGUUUUGGUUUGGAUUUCCUUGGAGGGUCUUUUUUUUUUUUUUUUAAGGUUUUUAUACUUGAUCUGGAUUUUUUUUUUUUUGGCUGGAUUUGGGGAGAAGGGGCAUUUUGUUUUUGAAUGAUCAAAAAAAGAAAGGAAACUUUUCAAGUCGGUUAUCACGUAGGUGGAUGUUUAGAAACUCUGAAUGAUCAAAACCAAAGUGUGUAACAAGGGUGCUUGCAAAUUCUCUGCUUUCAUCUCUGCCUCCUUAACUAAAUUGUUUUGUUCACCAUUAGUGGACUAUGCAUACUGAAGUCAAAGCAAUGUUUCCCCUAGGGAUUUUGUUUUGUUUUCUCAUUUCUUCCUAAGCUGCAGGUUGUGAGGGAUUCAUCAGAAAAGAAAAGGGGCAAUGCAGUCUUUUCCUCCGAAGCUCAACCCUCUGGAGCUCCAAAAGGCACAGUGUCCCCUCCCUACAUCUUAACAAAACAUUCUGUCAUAAUGUAGAAAUUAAUAAUCACUGCAACUUGUACAACCUUUGUAAUAUACACCUUGACAAUGACUGGGGUGACCUUGAGAUGCCCAUUUUGUACUUGAGUGUCAUUUCUGUUGAGAUCCUUCCCUUUAUCCUCACCCCCCCACUCGACUCCUCUUCCCCACCCUUUGCGGGUCUUAGACCUACGUGUGCCUUUGCUUUCCACCCUUGCUAUACACUGGUAGACGCAACAAAUUCAGACUCUCAUUUGUUGUAAUGUUGUAAAAUAUUGUGAUGUCACCAAACUUCCCUUCAUCUCCACAUCCCCUUAACAUCUGAUUCACAAUUUAAUGUAUGUUGUUUAAAAAAAAAAAAGGAAAGCAAAAAAAAGAUUUUAAAAAUAGAAAAAGAAAAAAAAUAGCAAGGUAAGAAAAAAGUCUCUUGAUGACAU